UGUAUUCUCGCGGCUACGCAACAAGCCCGCGCGAGCACUUCCGGCGCUGCGCGCAGGAAGCGGAAGUGUUACUUCCCGUCUGUCAGAGUCGGUGUGUAACUCGGUGGUCCUGAAGUCUAGGAGUCGUGUACAUUUUGCUUUCCCUGGCUCUCGAGCGCUUCCCCCCUAGCGGGUGGGAGUGCAGGGACGGAAGCGCGAGAUGAGCACCAUGUUCGCGGACACACUGCUCAUCGUUUUUAUCUCCGUGUGCACGGCUCUGCUCGCCGAGGGUAUAACUUGGGUCCUGGUUUACAGGACAGACAAGUACAAGAGACUGAAGGCAGAAGUGGAAAAACAGAGUAAAAAAUUGGAAAAGAAGAAAGAAACAAUAACGGAGUCAGCUGGUCGGCAACAAAAAAAGAAAAUAGAGAGGCAAGAAGAAAAACUGAAGAAUAACAAUAGAGAUCUAUCAAUGGUUCGAAUGAAAUCCAUGUUUGCAAUUGGCUUUUGUUUUACUGCCCUGAUGGGAAUGUUUAAUUCCAUAUUUGAUGGUAGAGUGGUGGCAAAGCUCCCUUUCACCCCCCUUUCCUACAUCCAAGGACUGUCUCAUAGAAAUCUGCUGGGAGAUGACACCACAGACUGUUCCUUCAUCUUCCUGUAUAUUCUCUGUACCAUGUCAAUUCGACAGAACAUCCAGAAGAUUCUUGGCCUCGCCCCUUCACGAGCUGCCACCAAGCAGGCAGGUGGAUUUCUUGGCCCUCCACCUCCUUCUGGGAAGUUCUCUUGAAAUCAAGAAGAACCCUGAAUUCCUGUCAUUCUUUUUAGACAUUCAAAUCAGACUGGCAACUAUUUUGUAGCAAGAGCCACGGGCAGCCUUAGCACUUGGGCCACUUUCUAGUUUUAUUUCUGGGCUUUUUGGGUAUGAUUCAAAUGAGAAUGGCACCCAACAAACAUGAUAGUGCUUUUGGUCACAGAUUAAUAUUUUUAAACAAAUGUGUUGAUUGGAUAAGCUCAGGUGAUGUUUAUGUAAUGAGAAAAAAUUUCUUAUGUUGCUUACACAAAUAUUCUGUGGGACUGACUUUUAGGUAUGUGCUGUGUGCCAUGUACCAUGGAACUUGGCUUUUCGAGAGCAUUUAGAGAUCUGGAAGAAAAAUUUAGUUUAUGUAACUUAAUUGGAACUAUUUGUUGUUGUUUUUUUCAAGCCAAAUAUAUGACCUAAGAUGAAUAAAGAGGCCAAAAUUUUAGCUAUUUCAUCUACAAA